AUGAAGUCUGUACUCCAGCAAGGUCGUAUACCGAAGAAUCUCCAUGUUGAUCAGGGUAAAGAGUUCUACAACAACGAAUUCAAAGAUCUGAUGAAGCAGCACAAGAUAAAUCUUUAUUCAACAUUCAGCAAUCUCAAAGCACCCAUAUCUCGUGGUGGUUACAAGUGGACUGAUAUACUGGAGGACUUGGUGAAUACUUACAAUAACACCAAACACCGUACCAUCAAAAUGAAACCUGCUGAUGUUACCGCUGCUCAGGAGAAACAACUGCUUGAAAAAUCUAUCAACCUCUGCAAGCUAAAUCACAACAGAAGAAAAAUAAAUUCAAAGUUGAAUACAAGUCCAACAACAUGCAAGCUUGUUGACUACCAGGAUCAACCAAUACAAGGCGGAUUUUAUGAAGAGGAACUCAGUAAAGUCAAAUAUCCAGAGGUAUACUUAGUUGAAAAAAUAAUUCAGAAACGUGGAAAUAAAUACUAUGUUAAAUGGUUAGGAUUUGAUACUAAACAUAAUAGUUGGAUUAAUAAGACAGAUAUAUAA